AUGGUGCGCCUUCGCGAAGUGCCCCGAACGGCCACCUUUGCCUGGUCGCCGGGCGCAGGCAAACCUCUACUGGUCACGGGCACGCGUGCCGGUGCUGUAGAUGCGGAUUUCUCUGACGAGAGCAAGUUGGAGCUCUGGGACCUGUCCCUGGAUGACCAGGGGCAAGGCCUGGAGCUCCAGCCGGUGGCGAGCAUCACCACUGACGCAAAAUUCUACGACAUUGCCUGGGGACCUCCCGACUCCGAUCACCCCAGGGGCAUCAUCGCCGGCGCGCUCGAGAAUGGCUCCCUAGACCUUUGGGAUGCCGCGAAGUUGGAAGCUGGAGCUUCGGACGCUCUGAUUUCCCAGACCUCCAAGCACACGGGGCCAAUCAAGGCACUGCAGUUCAACCCGUUGAAGCCACAAAUCUUGGCCACUGCAGGUGCCAAGGGGGAGCUGUUCAUCUAUGACGUGAACGACAUCUCGAACCCGUUCCGUCUGGGCAACCCGGCAGCUCGCGCCGACGAUAUCGAGUGCCUGGCUUGGAACCGAAAAGUCUCGCACAUCCUGGCGACCGGCGGUCAAAGCGGCUUUGUGACCGUGUGGGAUUUGAAAACGAAGAAGGCGUCUCUCACUCUGAACAAUAGCCGGAGAGCUGUGAGCGCCAUUGCUUGGGACCCGAACAACUCCACCAAGCUCUUGACGGCGACCCCCGAUGACAACACCCCGGUCAUCUUGCUGUGGGAUUUGCGCAACUCCAAUGCGCCGGAGAGGACCCUCCAGGGACACGAGCAGGGUGUUCUUUCGCUGUCUUGGUGCUCUCAGGAUAGUGACAUUCUGCUCUCGUCCGGCAAGGACAACCGCACUCUUGUCUGGAAUCCGCAAACAGGAGAACGUCUUGGGGAGCUCCCUGAAAUGACCAACUGGAUCUUCCAAGCCCAGUUCAACCCUCACAACCCCAGCCUUUCUGCCUCUGCCAGCUUCGAUGGCAAGAUUACCAUCCAAACGUUGCAGAACACCAACCCAGACACCUCAAAGACCCAGGCGGAUAAGAGCCUGGAUGGAGAGGACUUUUUCAGGGCCGCGCAGACUCAGCCCCAAGGCGCGUCUUUCACGCUGAGCAAGGCACCUAAAUGGCUUGAGCGACCGAUUGGCGCAUCCUUUGGCUUUGGCGGCAAGGUUGUCGUCUUCAAGGCCUUGCCUUCGCAACCAGGGCAGAAGCGCAGCUCCAAGGUCACUAUCUCGCCGUUCUCGAUCGACUCUGCCGUCUCAGCUGCGACUGAGAAGUUCCAGGAAGCCCUUGCAACCGGCGACCUUACAGCAAUCUGCGAGGACCGGAUGCAAGAAGCCAAGACCGACGAAGAAAAGGCGGAUUGGAAGGUCAUGGAGACACUGGUUGGUGACAACCCUCGUGGCAAGAUCAUCGAGUAUCUCGGCUUCAAGGAAGAUGAGCUGGCCAACGGCACGACCAAGGAAGAGCCCGCCAAUGGCGAGAAAGAGGCCGAGGCCGAGGCUGAAACUGAAACGGAAGCUCCUGGGAAGGAGCAGUCUGACUUUUGGGGCGGCGGGGAUGGCGAUGGCGAAGACUUCCUUUCUCGAGUGGCCGCGACAAAGGGCACCAAGACGGACAACCCGUUCCACCUUUUCAGCGACAGCGACACCUCUGUCGAGAAGUCCAUCACCAAGGCCUUGAUGCUGGGCAACUUCGCCAAGGCUAGCGAUAUCUGCCUUGCCGAGGAUCGCAUCGCGGACGCGUUCUUGAUCGCCAACUGCGGCGGCCAGGAGCUGGUGGACAAGGUUCAGACUGCGUACCUCACCAAGAAGAGCGGCAUGCCCAGCUAUAUGCGUCUGCUUGGCUCUGUCAUCGGCAAGAAUCUCUGGGACAUCGUCUACAACGCGAACCUGGAGAACUGGAAGGAGACCAUGGCGAUUCUUUGCACCUUUUCCGACCCGCAAGAGUUCCCGGACCUCUGCGAAGCUCUCGGCGAUCGCAUCGGUGAGGCCGGCCAGAGGAAGGACGCCUCGUUCUGCUACCUUGUCGGAUCCAAGCUGGAGAAGGUCGUCGAUAUCUGGGUUGCUGAACUCGAGGAGGAGGAGCAGGCCGGCAUGAAGCAGGCCUCGGACGACUCUACUUUCUCUGUUCACGCCAGAUCGCUGCAGAACUUCAUCGAAAAGGUCACUAUCUUCCGGCAGGUGACCAAAUUCCAAGACUCGGAGCAGGGCAAGGAUUCCGACUGGAAGCUGGCGACGCUGUAUGACAAGUAUACCGAGUACGCCGACAUCCUUGCCGGACAUGGCCAGCUGGAAGUGGCUCAGAAGUAUCUGGACUUGCUUCCCACCAAGUAUGCCGCGGCCGAGAUUGCCAGGAGCCGGGUCCAGAUGGCGACGAAGAAGCCGGCUGCCCAGGCCGCUGUCGGACGGCAGUCGGCGACGCCCAAUGUCGCAGCAUCGAGGGUGCAGCCGACCUACGGCUACCAGCCGCCGCAGGCUAGUCCUGGGCCGGGCAUUCCCCAGCCGAGCCCCUUUGUUAGCUUGAGCCAAACUCACAGCCCCGUGCCGCCGCCGCAGCAGCAGCACCAGUACAUGCCACCCCAGAACCCGUAUCAACCCCAGGGUGGCUACCAGCCCCCCGUCCAGACCGGGUAUCCGACCAUGGGUCAUCAGCCUCCCCCGAUGGGCGGGCCUCCUCCGAGAAACUCAACGCCGUCCCAGCCUCCCCCGUCUCAGGCCAAGAAGAUGGAUGUCUGGAACGACGUGCCUGUGGUGACCAAGGCCGUGCCGCGCAGACCGACGCCCAGCUCGGCUCCCAUCACUUCGCCGUUCCCCGGGCAGCAGACCCCAUCUGGUCCUCCGUCCUCCGGCGCCUACGGACAACGCCCGAGCCCUCCGCCGCCACCCCCCAAGGGUCCGGCGCCGCCCCGAGUCCAGUCCCCGCUGGCCGGUGCUCCUCAAUCGUUCCAGGCACCGCCGCCGCGGCCGUCCUCGAGCGCGGCGAACCAGUAUGCACCGCCUCCGCCGGCGGGAGGCUCUCCAGCGCCGCAUAUGCCGCAAGUGGUCCCCCGAACCGCCUCGCCGUACAACGCCCCUCCGUCUGGUGCGCCACCUUCCAACAGGUACGCACCGGCUCCAUCGAUGCAGCCGCAACAACCUAGCCAGCCCCCGAUGGGCUCGAUGCCACCGCCUCCAGGUCCCGCCAGCCGACCGCCCCCCGUGAACCCAUACGGGCCUCCGCCAACGCAGGCCACUCCUCAGGGACAGUAUGCGCCGUCUCCGUACGCGGCACCCCAAAGCCAACCUUCCGCACCUCCUCAGGGACCGCCGCCGACCGGGCCACCGCCCAUGGGCAGCGGGGCCACUCCGACUCCGCCGCCCCCCAAGGCCGCUGCGCCGCCCUCGAAGCCAAAGCACCCUUCGGGUGACCGUUCGCACAUCCCCGCGAAUGCGCAGGGACUUGUCGAUAUCCUCAGCCAGGACAUGCAGCGGGUGGCAUCCAAGGCUCCCGCGACGUUUGCCCCGCAAGUUAAGGACACACAGAAGCGGCUUAACCUGCUGUUUGACCACCUGAACAACGAGGAGCUCGUCCAACCAGCCACCAUCGACCAGCUCUCUGAACUUGCGCAGGCUAUCCAGUCAAAGGACUACGCGAGGGCCCAGAAGCUCCAGUUGGACAUUCAGCGCGACAAGACGGAGGAGUGCGGCAACUGGAUGGUGGGCGUCAAGCGACUGAUUAGCAUGAGCAAGGCAACCCCUUGA